GCAAUGUGCUGCGAAGACACAUAUGUAUCUUUCUACCUAUAUAUAGUCCUAUCACCACAAUCUUCAAGGGGCUUCGAUCCUUCUUUGUGCUGUUUUUCUUUUUUUCUACCUCGAUCCAUCUGUCUUCUCUCAUCCUCUUAAUUUCAGCAAUUGCUUCCCAAUUAAGAAGAUUGUCUUAUAAAUUCAGAGAAACUUUUGCUUUAUUAAGAUAAAAAUCAAGAGAGAAUCAAUGCAGGAAAUAAUUGACGUAGAAAGCCAAAUCUCUGUGAGUAUAGAGGAUGACGAAAUAUCCGAUGCAGGGUCCGUAACCGAAGAAUCGACUCCUCCAUCUCCUCAUCCGACAUCUCAAAGUUUGUUUGCGCGGGACGGGUUGGCGGCGAUCGCAGAAGGGAGCAUAGAGCACAACGUGAUCAAGAAUGUGUUUCUUUACGGCAUGGGAGAUAUUUCCAAGAAUACAGACGUCGUGGUGAUACACAAGAGCUCUCCGACUACUUCAUCUGGCUUGGCGUACAAGAAAGCGAGGUUGGAUUCGUUCCGGAUUUUCUCGGGGGCGGUGGCGAACAAGUGCGGCGGAGAUGCCAACACGAGGUACGCGUGGUAUGGUGGCACGAGGGACGAUAUUCGGGAAAUAGUCAAGUACGGAUUUAGUCAGUGUGCGAGGCCUUCGCACGGUCCUUCCUAUGGUUUUGGGCUCCAUUUGUCUCCUGCCAAGUUUGCCAUUGAUGGUGCCACAUCCUCUGCGGUAGAUGAAGAUGGGUUGAGGCAUGUUCUGCUAUGCCGGGUAAUAAUGGGGAACAUGGAAACCGUUUGUCCUGGUUCCGAGCAGUCUCUUCCAAGUUCACGAAAUUUCGACUCCGGCGUUGACAAUCCGUCGGCUCCCAGACGAUACAUCAUCUGGAGUGCUUUCAUGAAUUCGCACAUCCUUCCCACUUACAUCAUAACUUUCAAGGUCCCUGAUCAUUGCUUAACGCGUGUUCCGAAUAUGCAGCCGAAUAAUCGGACGAGACCAUCCACGCCAUGGAUGAGCAUUCCUGCUCUGAUGUCCGUACUUUCAAGGAUCUUAAGUCCUUCUAAAAUGGCAUUGAUUCGCAAAUCUCACAAGGAUUUUCGCGAACUCAAGAUCUCGCGACCAAGAUUUAUACGGAUGUUGAGGCUCACUGCCGGGGAUGAGUUAUUAGCUGCAACAGUAAAGCGUCACAGACAACACGAGGUGCGUUCCGCCCCGAGUGGAUUGUUAUUAUAGAACAUCGGCCAAGGAAAAUGAGUCCCCAUCAAUUUUUUUGUAUUAAUUUCCAUUUUUUGUUUCUAAAAAAGUUGCUUUUGUCUUAUGUAUUUGUUAGAUGGGUAUUUGUUGAGAAGCGUCACCAUCUCAUUUUGAUUCUUUCCUUUAUCACUAGCUUGAGAAAAAAAGGAAAAAGAAAGAGAGCAAUAUUUGAGUUCUGUAUUAUUAUUUAGAUAUUUUAGAUUUUUUUUGAAUGGAUUAGAUAUUUUAGAUUUGAUUUCUCUUGUGGUGACGAAGAUAUUUGAUGGGAAUGAAUAUGAUAUGUUUAAUUGUAAAGUUAUUUUUAUUAUAAAUUAAUUCUAAUAUAUCAUAUAAA